AUGCGCUCACUGCGUUUUCGCGCCGUCGCUUCUCUCCACCCCUCGCAGCGCGCUUCUGCCCACCAUGAUACGGCGUCGUCCACUCACUGCGCGUGGCGCUGCCUGAGCACGGCAACAGAAAACAGUCAAGAGAAUGCAGCGAAAGGCUGCACUCCGCCUCCGCUCGAGCAGGCCUUUGCGUCACCACUACCGGGCCCGGUAGCCGCGCACUCGGUUUUGCGUUCCCCGGUCGACUCUGCCAUUCUGUGCUCGCGCCUCUCGCAGCGGCAGAUGCGUCAACGACAGCGCAAAUGGGGUGCCCUAUGGCGAUACCGAUGGGAGAGCCACUCGCCCCGCGCCGUGCCGACCCCGCUGCUGGUAACUUCGGCGUCGAUCUCCGGCUCGCCGCGCACUUCCGUAUGUGCGCUGCGCACUGACGUCUCCGAAGACACCGAUGCAAAGACAGUCUCAUCUGACGCAGAGAGAGGAGCCCUUGUGAGCACGUCUUCUCCGUCGCACAGCAGAAGUCUCUCCAUGCCACCGGCGGAGUGCGAAGCAAAGGAGGGUACGAGACCAAGCGCCCACAGAGGCACCGCCGGUGCCGCCACUGUCGAUUCUGUGGCCCUCAGUAGCACGCGCAACGCUGCCGCUGGCGCGUCGUCCGUAGAGGAUCCUCUCCUCUCCUUUCUCGACUCGCACGAGGAAGAUGCGGCGUUGCUGCUCGCGAUGUGGACGUCACUGCAUCGCAGUUGCGUCUUUGGCUCGGCUCUGUCGGAGUCCUUGGCUCUGCAGGUGCGCUACUUUCUCCACUCCCUUCUUCGCCACCGCGCGAUAGCGGCGGCCGUGAAUUUCUACUACCGGCUCAUGGGUAUCGGUGUGCAGCUGCGUGAUAGCGACCUCCUCCUGCUCUUUUCCAGCUUGACUUACGAGAGCGCUGCGUCGACGGAAGAGGCCCAGCUGCGCAAGGCGGCAGAGACAGCAGCGAUGGAAAAUGACCGGAAAAUGUGGACUCAACGGCGCAGGCAGUUCCGCGAAUCUGCCGCGCGCACUCGCACAGGGGACGCCCCGGGCCAAAAUCUGCGCACGAGAGGUGGGGAGGGAAGGGACAAGGUAUGUGCAGGUCAGAUGGGCGUCAUGAACGCGGUGGCGGAGAGGACUGGUGCGCCUGCGUUCUGUGAGGAGGGGCCGACGCGUGUGAAUGCUACCGCCACCGAGAGCGUCCAGGACACGGCUUCACAUACACGCAUAGCUAGAGCUACCCACAUCGCGGAGGGCGGCAGCGUCGCCGUCUCCUCAGCUUCACGCUGGGACCGCGGAGAAGCGUGCGAUGACGUGCACCCGCCGCGCUCCAUCGCACGCCGCGUGGCUUUCCAUCAGCAGCCGGAGUGGGUCAAGAGGUGGAUCCUCUACGAAGCCUCGAUGGGGACACUAGACGAUCUGGACGAAGUGGAGGACGCCAGCCCACCAAGCACGCCGUCGACGAGCAGCUCUGCGGAUGCCUUGUUCAGCGCCAGCGAUGUGCAAGCGGACACCGCGGCGCAGUCGGAGCAGGCAAUGCGGGGCAUGGAGGUGGCAACGAUUGUGGAGCAUCUGCACCUUCUCACUCUCGGAGCCAUGCAGCGAGACCAUCUAAGCGCAACCGAAGCAAGCAUACCACAGCCGUCGCCGCGGCGACCCCAGCGAUGCACCUCGAAGCUGUCACGGUCGCGCUCGGCUGAGCAGGCCUACUGGACAGAGGCGCUAGAUCUGGUUCGAAGCGCCUACGCCGCUGCCCCACGGCACAUGGCUUUGAGCGAGUGCGACGGCACCUCGUCUCCCCGGCCGGCAGAAGGCCUGCUUCUUCCCACUGGGGUCGUUUUCGCUCUGCAGUCAAUGCUUCGUGAAGUACAGAGUUGGGAGGGCACACUUUCUCUUCUGCGGCUGAGCGCCCCGGAGGCGAAGCAUCGAGAUGCGGCGCCGCCCAGAGCGCUUGCUAUGUCACCCGACUGCUUCCUGCGCGGGGCGGUCCUUUUCAUGGCUUUGGCGGCCCCUGCGCAACCGUGGAAGACGCAGGCGAAGGUUGAAGCGUGGAUGCAUCGCGUGAUGCUACCUCGACUCGCGCGCGACGCGAGGGCGCCAACGCAAGCCGCCUCUACCGUGACGGCCGCAACAGCAGCCCUUCAUGCGCUGUGGCUCAGCCACCUCUGCAGCGUAAAGGCGUCGCGGCCGGACGAGUUUGUUGCACUCAGUGACGAGGCGGCAGCUUACCUUACUUCUCCCUCCGUGCAGCGGGCAAUUCACGGCGACCUCGCCCUGAUGAUGGAGGAGGUAUGCGUGAACGCCGAACGAGCUGUUGACGCCCUGCAUCAGACGGUGCAGCGGGCCGUACAGCACUGUCGCGCCUCAGAGGUGCUCGCUAAAUCCAUUCGCUCCGGUGCCUAUAGGGUGGAGAACGGCAAAGGCAAGCACGAACUCAGCAGAGACCCUGAGAGCGAUCACAUGACCGAUCCGCUGUCAAUGACUUCGGUGGCCGCACCUGCAACUGUCGUAGAUGAAAUGAGGUGCUCCCUCUUCAGUGAGUAUGCCACGAAGUCGCCGUUGUCUCCGUCAGCGUUGCCGUCAAGCGACUUGGCAGACACGUUUGCCCUGUGCUGUGCAGCCGUCAAGGAGACGGUCUGGCUGCGGUUCACGACGGCGGCCUCGACAAGCCCUGCUGCGGUGGCGGUCGAGGUGCUGCAGUUUGUGGAGCAGAGUGUGCACGGUCCUACAGGACUCCUCAACACGUUCCAGCUCCUGUACGGCUCACCUGCCUCGCGGAUGGCGCGCAACGGAAAAGGGGCGACACUCACGCCCACGGUAAACACACCGGCGGCACCGGAGUGUGCCUACGUGUCGUGCGUUCUGGCGAUUACUCUCUUGCAACUCGUGCAGCUUCUAUGCGCACCACCGGGCCAGCAGCAGCGCCGCUUCGGCUGCCAGGUAUGGAGUGGCGCCGAGCUGGUCCUCCUCGUCGAGCUCGCGGCGAAGGUGCUGGAGGGGAUCGCCGCGGCGCAAGUGCAGCAGGCACCAUGGCGGUGGGCAGUCGAGAAGCGUCUGAAGGAGCUGGCCACUGUGACGGCGAGAACGGUGCGCCUCGUUGUGCGCCAUCUCGACAUUCAUCGCAUGAACGAGAAGGUCAUGUUUGGUGCCGUGGCUGACCAGGAUGUGGAACUCUUCGCCCUUCUUGCCCGGAUGCUCAACACGUCAUCAGAGUUGAUGGUGGCGUCGCGCGGGAGCGAUGCUUCGCGGGCCUCGUCGCAUUCGCCCGUGUGGCGCAUUUUGACGGCCACGUGCUCCCCCCGCGUUCUGCAAGGGGUGCAUCUGUGCUUCCGCAGCUCUAGCGCGCUGGGAAAGCGAGUGCGAUAUCGACUUUGCCGCCGUGAUGCCGAUAGCUUAGACCACUGGAUUCCGCCACCGCGAUCGCAUCAGCGUACCUCCGCCCGUCUGCGUGGUGCUCGCGGUGCGACGCUAUCGUCGUCGAAGGGGUCGAUGAAGGCGAUAGCCGCGAGUGGUGCGUCCGCGGGGGGGCGCGACACGGGCAGGGACUUCCCUCUCAUGCUCAGCCUCCGCGAAUCGGUGUACAAGAUCAUGAGCCGCGAGCGCACGAGCGCCGGUGUCGGGCAAGCGCUGCAGCGGCUGGCAGCUUCGACGGCGAACUGGAAAGCGAGCUUGCUUCUGUGCGAACUCGUUACAAAGGAUGUCUCUCUCGCUCGUGGCACGUGCACUGUGGACUUCUUUGCCACAACUCUGGAUCGUAUGGCGCAGGAUGUGGCGAGGUCGAGCGCCGCUGCACGAGCAGAGGCGAGAGCGUCGCGAUUGCAGGGAGGUGGUCUUGUGCCGUCUCGCAAGAGCUGCCGUACGCUGGCCGCCCCACGGGCGCUGGGACCACCCAACUUGUGGCUGAGUGCGAUCGACGUGUUCUGGAGCGCUGUCGAUCACGUUGGCCGGGUCGAAGCCGCUGCGGAGCAGCACUCUGACUCCUCAGCUCUCGCAACCUCCGCCAGAACGCCGCCGUCGAAGCCGGUGAGCGUGGACGCGCAGGAGCGAGCUGUACUCGCACGGCUUCUGCUUCCGCUUCUCCGCUUUAGCCGCGCCGUGCAGAAGUUGGAGGUUGGCCGGCAGUGGCGUCGCACAUGGGCCGCCAUGUACGCCAUGCAGGAGAAGAAGGAUCCGCAGUGGCGCCGGCUGAACAUUGAAGCACUGUCCGUGCUAGGUGACGCAGCGGCGCUGACCCACUGCGUUGCGGACUACCACAUCUGUGGCAGCGAGGCGUUGCUGUGCUCGGUGGCCGUUCGGCACGGCGACUGGCACGCCGCGCUGCAGACUGUCCUCCAAACAUCCGGCGCUGUCGAGGAGCGUCACGCGACGGUGACGACGUACUCACUCGUCGUAGCCCGCACUAUUCUGACACUGCUGACGAAGUCACCGAUGAAUCUUAGCAACACGGCUAUGCGAUUGCGCACUGUUCAGCGCGAGACGUGGGACGAGGAAUGCAGCCUUGCGGUGGUCCGGCUACUCUUACGUGGUCGCCGAUGGCGUCUGGCGAUAACCCACGUUGACGAGGCGCUGGGGCUGCCAGACAUGCAGCGGGUCAGAGCGCUGGUGCUUGUGAACCCUGCCGGUCGUUUGGGGCAAGGGGCAUCCUCUACCGCGCCCACCGCGGCAACGCUGGUGCGGUAUGCUCAGCUGCUUACGGCAGCGUUGCAGGCGACGGCGAUCGGCGGCGAUAGUGAGCGCGCACCAGUGUACUACGACGCGUUCAAGGCGCUGGUGCGCUACGUCUUUGGUGAGGUGGUGGACAUGGACACUCUUCAUACGGCGGAGGACACCUCGCAGAGUGGCAACGAUGCGCUGGACGCCGCGCUGGACAUGACUCAUUUCACGGAAAGGGACGAAAAGCACGCGUCGGGCUCGGAGGACCAAGUGCACGAGGCAGUGCGAGAGCUGGCCCCACGCGCACGCAUUCUGUUCUUCCGCGCUAUGACAAAGAAGAUGCUCGGUACUCAUGCGGGGAGGGGGUGA